CCGGCUACCCCAGGACGCCGUUCCUGACAACCGCCCGACCCAUAGUGGUUUCUUUUCGCCCCUCGACCCCCGCCCCCUCUCUUGACUCCUGAAGAAGUUUCCCAUCGCUGUACCGCAGAAGCGUCGGAAGCGAUCUCCCCAGGGAACUGCGGUCCGAAGGGGACCCCUGGUGUCUAUGGAACUUUCCGGAAUCCCCGGACACCCGCGCACCAUCUCCUCCCCUCCCCCCAUUUUCCAGCAUUCGGAACAGCGGGUGUAGAGUGAGCGCGCCUGCUGGAUCCCAGGAGGGAAGGCUCAGACAGGGGGUGUAGGGUUGGCUCCCGGCCUGGAGGAGUUCUUGGAAGAAAAGAAGCGUGGACACUGCAAAGCGAGCUUUACUGACGAAGCUACAUUGCCGCCCCGUCGCAGGGACUUGGAAAUCACGCCCUACUUCGUAAGGGGUAAACUGAAGCUCAGAAGUGACUUGACCAGGGUCAUUAGGAAGAAGAGGCAGGAAAGAUAAAAGAUUGCUGGGACAACCAGGAAGCACCUGCACUCUCCACGUGUAGCAAUGCCAAUAUCUUUCGAAGGAUAAAUACCAUACUGGAUAAUUCUCUGGAUUUCAGCAGAGUCUGCACUACACCCAUAAAUCGAGGAAUUCAUGAUCAUUUGCCAGACUUCCAGGACUCUGAAGAAACAGUUACAAGCAGGAUGCUUUUCCCCACCUCUGCGCAAGAUUCUUCCCGUGGCCUCCCAGAUGCAAAUGACUUGUGCCUUGGCCUGCAGUCCCUCAGUCUCAUAGGCUGGGACCGACCCUGGAGCACCCAGGACUCAGAUUCCUCAGCCCAGAGCAGCACACACUCCGUACUGAGCAUGCUCCACAACCCACUGGGCAAUGUCCUGGGGAAACCCCCCUUGAGCUUCCUGCCUCUGGACCCCCUUGGAUCUGACUUGGUGGACAAGUUUCCAGCACCCUCAGUUAGACGAUCCCGCCUGGACACCCGGCCCAUCUUGGACUCCCGUUCUAGCAGCCCCUCUGACUCAGAUACCAGUGGCUUCAGCUCUGGAUCAGAUCAUCUCUCAGAUUUGAUUUCAAGCCUCCGAAUUUCCCCUCCCCUGCCCUUCCUGUCUCUGACAGGGGGUGGUCCCAGAGACCCUUUAAAGAUGGGAGUUGGGUCCCGGAUGGACCAAGAGCAAGCUGCUCUGGCUGCAGUCACUCCUUCCCCAACCAGUGCAUCAAAGAGAUGGCCAGGAGCUUCUGUGUGGCCAUCCUGGGACCUCCUCGAAGCUCCCAAAGACCCCUUCAGCAUAGAGAGAGAGGCCAGGCUACACAGGCAAGCUGCAGCUGUGAAUGAAGCCACCUGUACCUGGAGUGGCCAGCUUCCUCCCCGGAACUAUAAGAACCCCAUCUACUCUUGCAAGGUGUUCCUAGGAGGUGUUCCUUGGGAUAUUACGGAAGCUGGAUUGGUUAACACCUUCCGUGUUUUUGGCUCUUUGAGUGUGGAGUGGCCUGGUAAGGAUGGCAAGCACCCCCGGUGUCCUCCCAAAGGUAAUACGCCUAAAGGGUAUGUGUAUCUGGUCUUCGAACUAGAGAAGUCUGUCCGGGCCUUGCUUCAGGCUUGUUCUCGUGACUCACUGAACCCAGAUGGCCUGAGUGAAUAUUACUUCAAGAUGUCCAGCCGGAGGAUGCGCUGCAAGGAGGUACAAGUGAUCCCCUGGGUCUUGGCUGACAGCAACUUUGUUCGGAGCCCAUCUCAGAGACUUGACCCCAGCAGGACGGUGUUUGUCGGUGCCCUGCAUGGAAUGCUCAAUGCUGAGGCCCUGGCAGCCAUUCUGAACGACCUAUUUGGUGGUGUGGUGUAUGCUGGGAUUGACACUGAUAAGCACAAGUAUCCCAUUGGGUCUGGACGUGUGACUUUCAAUAACCAACGUAGUUACCUGAAAGCAGUCAGUGCUGCUUUCGUGGAGAUCAAAACCACCAAGUUCACCAAGAAGGUUCAGAUUGACCCCUACCUAGAAGAUUCUCUGUGUCAUAUCUGCAGUUCUCAGCCUGGUCCUUUCUUCUGUCGUGAUCAGGUGUGCUUCAAGUACUUCUGCCGAAGCUGCUGGCACUGGCGGCACAGCGUGGAGGGCCUGCGCCACCACAGCCCAUUGAUGCGGAACCAGAAGAACCGAGAUGCCAGCUAGAGGAGCUGGUCCUGCCCAGUGGCCUGUGGCGCCCAAGGCUGGCAGGUCAAGCCAUAGCCUGCACCACCUGCCACUGGCGACCAGGGAGCUGGCUUCCCGAGGACAAGGGAAAAUCGUAGUCACCUUUGCACUUGCUGCAUCUGUCUUUGUUUCUGCACUAAUUAAUGCACAAUGAGUUUUGUCGGGUUUUGUUUUCAGGGGGUGUGCCAGGGCAAGGACCCUCUGGCUCACCCUCCAAGCGACUCUGUAGUUUUCCCAGAUUUUAGUUUUCUCAUUUUGCGGAUGAAAAGCAAAAAAAGAACUACGUGUCCAGGAGGUAUUGACACGAGCCUACAUCUAGGUUUAUUUAUUAAAAGCGCUUUUUUACAUUCCUUGCAAUACUGAUGGUGAUGAUGUGCAGGUCUCAUUGGUUUCAUUCUUGCAGUUGCCAUACAGUGCCUUUCCAUUUAUUUAACCCCCACCUGAACGGCAUAAACUGAGUGUUCAGCUGGUGUUUUUUACUGUAAACAACAAGGAGACUUUGCUCUUCAUUUAAACCAAAAUCAUAUUUCAUAUUUCACGCUCCAGGGUUUUUACCGGUUCCUUUUUACACUCCUUAAAACAGUUUUUAAGUCGUUUGGAACAAGAGAUUUUUUUUUCUUUCUUGGCAGCUUUUAACAUUAUAGCAAAUUUGUGUCUGGGGGACUGCUGGUCACUGUUUCUCACAGUUGCAAAUCAAGGCAUUUGCAACCAAGAAAAAAAAACCUUUUUUUGGAUUUGAAACUGGACCUGAUAAACGGUGUUUGAGCGGCUGCUGUAUAUUGCACCUUCUUAAGUUGCACUUAUGUGGGGGGGGAGGGUUGAUAGAAGUUUUUAAUCACAAAGUCACAGGACUUUUUUUCUUUUGUAAACUGAGCUAAAAAGGGCUGCUUUUUGGUGGGGGCAGAUGAAGGCUCACAGGAGCCCUUUCUCAGAGGGGACAAGUACCCUUCCCUUAUUUCUUUCAUUUGAGAAAUGUAUGAACCCACAGUUGCAGUUGACUAAAAUGCUACUGGAAUUUGAAAACUUGACUUUUUCUUUAAAAAAAAAACAAAAACAAAAAACAAAAAAAAGACUUGCCCCUCUUUGGGAAGCUGUGUGCCAAAGAACCAGUGUCAUAACCUCCCUCCUCCCUCCUGCUGAGUUGCAUCGUUGCAUAUCCCAGCUACUCUGUGGGUUUUGUGAAGCUGUGUGUGAAGUCUCUACCUCAUUGUAGUAUAUGCAGGCAAGACUGCACUCUCCUACAGAUGUGUGGAGUAAGCUGUGGUGUAGUUUUUUUGGCACAUAAUAAACACGUUGCAGCAGA